UAAUCAGCUCUGAUUCAGCGGCGGACGGAUCAGUCCUUACAGAUAAGGCUUUGCUUCUGCAGGUAGACAAGGACUUGAAGCAUUCCCUAGCAUCAUGGGGGACAGAAGCCCCUUCGAAACAGAUAUGCUCACCCUGACCCGCUAUGUUAUGGAAAAGGGCCGGCAGGCCAAAGGCACCGGGGAGCUCACGCAGCUGCUCAACUCCAUGCUGACGGCCAUCAAAGCCAUCUCCUCUGCCGUGCGCAAGGCCGGCCUGGCCAACCUGUAUGGAAUCGCGGGAAGCGUGAACGUGACGGGAGAUGAGGUGAAGAAACUGGACGUGUUAUCCAAUGCUCUGGUGAUCAACAUGCUCCAGUCCUCCUACAGCACCUGCGUCCUGGUUUCAGAAGAGAACAAAGAUGCGAUUAUCACCGCCAAGGAGAAGAGGGGGAAAUAUGUGGUCUGCUUUGACCCGCUGGAUGGAUCCUCCAACAUCGACUGCCUGGCUUCCAUUGGGACCAUCUUCGCCAUCUACAGGAAGACCUCAGAGGAUGAGCCUUCUGAGAAAGAUGCCCUGCAGCCCGGUCGCAACAUCGUGGCCGCAGGCUACGCGCUCUACGGAAGUGCGACCCUAGUGGCUCUUUCCACUGGACAAGGCGUGGACCUCUUCAUGCUUGACCCAGCUCUUGGUGAAUUUGUUCUGGUGGAAAAAGAUGUCAAGAUUAAAAAGAAAGGAAAGAUUUACAGUCUCAAUGAGGGCUACGCCAAGUAUUUUGACGCUGCCACCACGGAAUAUGUGCAGAAGAAGAAAUUUCCUGAGGACGGCAGUGCUCCCUAUGGGGCCAGGUACGUGGGCUCCAUGGUGGCUGAUGUACAUCGCACCCUAGUCUAUGGAGGGAUCUUCCUGUACCCGGCGAACCAGAAAAGUCCCAAGGGCAAGCUCCGGCUGCUGUACGAGUGCAAUCCCGUGGCCUACAUCAUUGAGCAGGCGGGAGGCUUGGCGACAACGGGCACCCAGCCCGUGCUGGACGUGAAGCCUGAGACCAUUCAUCAGCGAGUCCCCCUCAUUCUGGGCUCCCCGGAUGAUGUGCAGGAAUAUCUCACCUGUGUACAGAAAAACCAGGCAGGCAGGUAG